AUGCCAUUGCCUCUGGGGAAACGGGUCCUUUUUUCCAGUGUAGUGGUCAGUGGGAGCUGUGCCCUUACAUAUUACCUUAUACAAAAAGCUUUUUCCAGGGCUUCCUAUUACGAGCUGGUAUUGGAGCAGCUGCACAGCCACCCUGAGUCCCUGGAAGCUCUGUGCACUCCUCUCAACAUCCACUAUCUACACCUCACUGACAAGUACAACUUUGUGGAUAUUGCCAGUACCCAGUUGAAGAUUCCUGUCUCUGGAUUCAAGUUAGAGGGCCAUCUCUAUGUCAGCUCAUCCAGAGAUGCCCCCUUUCAGAGAUGGCACCCUCAGGAUGUCUUCUUAAAUCUUAAGGAUGGUUAG